AUGGUCUCCUCGUUCAAUGGCAGCCAGUUCAUUAAGAAGAGUGUUGUUAGCUGUAAGUCAUUUUGUGAAGUUAACGGAAGUUUAUUUACGAGAGGUCAAUUCAGAGGGUACUCCAGUGCAAAGGUUCCCGAGGAUAAGCCUGUAUUCACUGAAGACGAGUUGAAGAAUGCAAGAAAAGAUAGACUUGAGAAUCUGGGACCAUUUGUGUCGAAACUACCCCAGAAAUGGAUCCCUUAUGCUGAAUUAAUGAGAUUGGAAAAACCAGUAGGAACCUGGUUACUGUAUUUACCUGGUACAUGGGCAAUAACCAUGGCUGCAAUCCAGACCUCCGCAUCUUUGGGUGCGACUGUCUGGAUGCUGGGGCUGUUUGGGUUAGGAUCUCUAGUAAUGAGAGGUGCUGGUUGUACAAUUAAUGAUAUAUGGGAUAAAAAUUUGGAUGAUAAAGUGAUCCGAUCAGUCGAAAGGCCAAUUGCUUCAAAAAGGGUUUCUACCAAGAAUGCCUCCAUAUUCUUAGUUGCUCAAACAGUUGUUGGUAUGGGUGUUUUAGCGCAAUUACCAGCACAAUGCUGGUGGAUGGGUCUUGCAUCCUUACCAAUUGUGUUCACAUAUCCACUAUUUAAAAGGUUUACUUAUUACCCACAGAUCGCACUAAGUGCUUGUUUUAAUUGGGCUGCUCUACUGGGUUUCCCAGCGAUGGGUAUAAUGGACUGGUCCACCAUGCUUCCCUUGUACACGGGUAGUUUCUUAUGGUGCAUGAUAUAUGACACCAUAUAUGCUCAUCAAGAUAAAGCAUUUGACGUCAAAGCCGGUAUUAAAUCAACGGCAUUGGCUUGGGGUAAGAAUACUAAAAAGAUUUCAACAGUUUUAGCUACUGCACAAUUUUCUUUAUUUACAAUUGCAGGCAUAAACGCAGGUCUUAUUUUAGGUCCUGGGUUCAUUGGUGGAUUAGCCAUAUUUGCUUAUAGAGUAUUUACAAUGAUUAAAAAUGUCGAUCUUAACAAUCCAGCAGACUGUUGGAAAUAUUUCACCAGCAACAUUAAAACUGGUCUAUAUUUCUCAUAUGCAUUAUUUUUUGACUAUCUCCUAACGUUGUUAGGAUUUUUGUAA